AUGGGUGGUACUGCUUCAAAGCCUGCUAGGAAGCUCACCAAUUCUGUCGUUGAAAACGCAGGUAAAGCUAUAAAUCGGUCACAGAAGGUGAACCAAUUGCCUUCUCAAGCCUUGAAAGAGAAGUACGAAAGACAUAUUGAACAAGAACUGCUUCAGGGGCAGAAUCAAAAUGAGAGCCGUUCUCAAAGCCAGGAUAAACCGCAGUCAAUAGACGAAAGUCUAAAUCAGGGCCCGUCUAUAAAUUUAUCCAACACAAAUAGCACUACCACGUUUGACCCUAAGCUUCUCAAGAAAAAGUUGGCUAGUAAGCAAGUAACGAAGCACAGCAGCGAAGCAAAUGUUCCAUAUGGAAAGGAUGGCGGAGAUCCACAAAUCGAUGGGACCGAUCCAUACGAUCCCGGAUUUGUCAGCUCCAUUACAAGGUUAGGCAAGCAGAUACAUUCUAUAUCGUUGGACCAGGAUGCUCGUAUGAGACAGCAAUCCAUGGCUCUCAAACAGCUCAAGUUCCGUAAGCAGCUCUUCGAAGAAGGAGAAAGAGAGGUCCAGAGUCAGAUGAAACAAGGUGUAGAAGCUGGACAUGGUUCUACGGAAAAAGAAGUUAUACGGACUAUGGUACAUGCUAGAACGUUGGGUGCCAUAAUAAACGACAUUCAUGAUCCUAGACUUGAUGAUAGCAGAAUUCUUCUCGACUAUCAAUUGCAUCCUGAUUUCCUCAAAGAGUUGGGCAAGCGGUUCAAGGUGGCUACAAACACAGUGGUUAUAGAGGACAAUACAAAGGAGGAUGAAAUCGGCCACAGAAUAACACCCAUUUCUUCUCCAGAAGCGAUGACGGACGAGAACGGAGAGUUGGGCGAAGCCAUGGGCACCGAAAAGUUGAAGACGUUGAAAGACAGACUCAGUUUGGAUAAUUGA